AUGACGCUUGUUGAUGCUUGUGAAGUGUUAACAAAUUAUGUGGUUCCAAGGGGUUUAUGCAUCAUUUACACACAAUCUUCUCCACAGAUUGAUGUUGCUGCUUUAAAUCCCUUGUAUAACAUUCUUUAAAAGCUGCAAAAUGUACUAGAAACUUUAUUUUCUUCCUCCUUAGCUUUUACUUUGGAAUGCAAGUCAGGCAAUGGAGUCGACUACAGAGGAACCACAACAAAAACCGUUUCUGGAAGAACCUGUCAAAGAUGGGACAGCAGCAUACCACACAGACCAAAUUACACCCCAGAGACUAGCCCGUAUGCUGACCUGAAAGAAAACUACUGUAGAAAUCCUGACAAUGAUAGCUCAGGGCCCUGGUGCUACACUCAAGAUGUGAAUAAACGCUGGGAAUACUGUCAGAUAGAAAAUUGCAAAGAGGAGUGCAUGUUCUGCAGUGGUGAGAAUUAUCGUGGCAAAAUUUCCCAAACAGUGGAUGGUGUCACAUGUCAGCGCUGGGAUUCACAAACACCUCACCAUCAUGAAUACACCCCAACCACUUUUCCAGAUAAAUAUUUCGAGGAGAACUACUGUCGCAAUCCUGAUGGAGAACCCAGGCCAUGGUGUUUUACAACUGACAUCCAAAAGCGAUGGGCAUUCUGCAAUGUUCCACGUUGUAGUGCAGAGCCUCCUGAUAUUGAAGUGGAGACAGAGUGCUACACAGGAACAGGUCAAAAGUAUCGUGGAGCCAUAUCGACCACUAUUUCUGGUAAAAUUUGUCAAAGAUGGGAUACUCAGUUUCCACACAUGCACUCAAGAACACCAGAGAACUACCCCUGCAAAGGACUAGAAGGUAAUUACUGCAGGAACCCAGAAAAUGAAAAGGAACCCUGGUGUUACACCACCAAUCCAAAUACAAGAUGGGAAUAUUGCCAAGUACAAAAGUGUGACCAUCUACCUCCAGGGCCAGUGAGUGAAGGUGGAUCGACUGAUUGUUUUAGUGGAAAUGGUUUUAAUUAUCGAGGGACAACAUCUGUGACAGUGUCCGGAAGAAGAUGUCAGGAAUGGGAUUCCAUGACACCCCACAGACAUGGGAAAACUUCACAGGAUUUUCCGAAUGCGGGUCUAUUUGACAACUACUGUAGAAAUCCUGAUCAGGAUAAGGCUCCUUGGUGCUUCACAACUGACCCUUAUGUCCGAUGGGAAUAUUGUAGGAUUUCAAAGUGUGGUACUUCACCAUCUCAAUCCACCACUAUAGUUCCUGUACACGGAAGAAGCAGCGAGGCCUUGCAAGUGACUGAUGGUCAACCAGAUUGCCAAGUAGGUAAUGGAGUGACAUAUCGUGGAACAAGAUCAACUACAUCAAGUGGAAGAACAUGCCAGCACUGGUCACUGAUGUCACCCCACUUUCAUAUCAUCUUCACUCCUGAAUCACAUCCUGACGCUGGACUCGAGAGCAAUUAUUGCAGAAAUCCAGAUGAAGACCCCAGUGGUCCAUGGUGUUAUACAACAGAUCCUCAAAAAAGACAUGAUUACUGUAAUGAUAUUCCCAUAUGUGAACAACAGCCUAAUGAAUGUGGAAGGCCUAGUGUUGAACCCAAGAGAUGUUUUGGAAGUAUUGUUGGUGUCUGUAUGUCCAAACCAUAUUCCUGGCCUUGGCAAGUUAGUCUUCGCAUUAAUUUUGACACUCACUUCUGUGGAGGAAGUCUUAUUGAUACCAAGUGGGUGGUAACAGCCAAACAGUGUUUAGAAUGUUCCUUGAACCCCUUGGCCUACAGUGUCUAUCUUGGAAUAUACAGAGAAAGAGGAGCUGAACCAUCGAGACAGAUCAUUUUGGUUGACAAAAUUUUUCUCGAACCCAGUGGGAAUGACAUUGCUUUAUUAAAGCUUAAAAGGCCAGCUGUCUUGACUGACAAAGUGGCAUUAAUCUGUUUACCAACACAGGACUAUAUACUACCAAAUGGAGCUGAAUGCUAUGUUUCAGGCUGGGGUGAAACUCAAGGAACUGGACGUGAUGGGGCUUUAAAAGAAGCCGGUUUUUCAGUGAUAGAAAAUAACAUUUGCAAUCAGCCUGAACACUUGGAUGGAAGUGUGAAAAGCAGCGAGCUGUGUGCAGGAAAUAUUGAACAUAGUGUUGACAACUGUCAGAGUGACACUGGAGGCCCUUUGGUAUGUCCAAACUCCAGAAACCAAUAUAUUCUCCAAGGAGUAAUGUCUCGGGGUUGUGCAGGUCGGACGAAGCCAGGAGUUUACGUCCGUGUUUCACUUUUUGUUGACUGGAUUGAAAACACCAUAAGGCAUGGUUAA